AGGCCCCCUCAAACCCCUGAUUCUGAACUGACCCAGGGCAGGCAGCUGGUGGGGGGAAUUCCUUAACCCCAAUCCACCCCCUUUCUUUUAUCUGUCAAAAAUGUCUUCCCACUGCUACACUUAUAACUGGGGGCUUUUUACUAUGACUGUAAAUUAUUCAGGGCUGGAGUAGUUUCAGGGAUCCCGAGGAAUUAGCAGGGGCAUACGCUUGCUGUCUCUAUUCUGGGCAAAGGAUCUUUGACUGGAGGGAGAGAGAGAGAGAGAAGGUGACAGAGAGUGUGGUCCCAGAAAGGUCCCUUUAAAUGUGCACAGAAAUGUCAGAAGACAGGAUUAGAUGUAGGAGGAACUUCCCAGCAAGGCAGGGCAGGGAAGAAGCGUUAUGAGAAUCUUUCAGCUGGAGAGGUCUCAGCCUCGGAUGUCCCUGGGGAAGGAGGAGAAACAGCUUGGGGAGGUUCCCUCUGCUCCCCCCACAAUGGGAGCCCCCAUCUCCCCUUCAGGCCAGAUGGGGCCCCACCCCCUCCUCUCCAGGGACACACAGACUCUUUGUCUGAGCAGAGCAGCCAGAGGCUGGGAGGGAGGCACUGCUGGUUUCUCCCUCUGGGUGGUGAGGGGGUAGGUCAGGGCCCACGAUACACCCCUUGGGUUCCUCCCUGUGGAAGCUUUCUCUGAUCCCACAUGUCUGCUCCUGUUCUAUUGCACAAACAGCUCCACCUGACGCCCUGGGGCCUCUUCACACUGGGGGGUCCCAGUAGCAUGAGGGGGCCCCUGCCUCACUCCAGAAGUGGCGGGGAGCUGCUCCUCCCUGUGGCAGUGCCCUGCAUUGGGGCAGAGCCAGACUUCCCCAUCUAAUGGCGUGAAGGUUUGGGACUGGGGAUACGGGUCCAUUUGGGGACUGAGUUGGGGAGAGGAGGGCUAGGGAUGGAGUUGGGGACCUUCUAUUUGAAGAUUAAGAGUUUGGGGGAAGUCAAGACUGGUGCUUGGGAGUCUGUGGUGAGGGUUGGGGAUGGGGCCAGACGUCCAAUUCUGGAAUUUGGGUGGAUAAAUGAAAGUUUGGGGCACGUCUGGGAACUUCAUUUUGAAAUCUGGGGUGAGGUUUGAGGUAGGAAGAGGAGCCCUUACUUAAGGACCUGCAGGGGAAGUGCUGGGGUGAGGCAGUACCUCUGCUGCGGGGCUCAGCGAUCCGUGUAAGGCAGGUCGUCAGGAGUUGGGUGUGAGGCUCAGAUCCCACUGAGGGGCCCUGGGUGGCAAGGAAGGAGUUUGGAAUAAAGCUAUGCCCCUGACACUAGGGCCUGGGUGGAGGCUGAGGUUUGAAUGAGGCUAAGAUCUCCUUUGAGGGGGACUAGUUAGGAGAAAAGGGCUUGGGGUAAGACUGGGACCCCAAAUUCUAAGGCUGGGUGAGAGUGACCCUCCUCCUCCAGCGUGGGGUGGGGCAAGAAGGGCCCAGCGCCGGCCCAGGGCUCCACGCGAACUGGCCAAUCAGCGCUCAGCACAAACUUUCCCAAACUCCCCCCACCAGCUGUCAGCCAGCCCCCUUCCCUGGAGGCCCGCCUGGCCGGGCGCGGGAGCGCAGGGCGAGGCCAGGGCGGGGUCUCCAGCAGUCUUCUGUCGAUCCCGAGUGGAGCUGGCUGCGGCGAAUGCGCGGGUGCGUGCGCCGAGCCCGUGGAGUCGCCACUCCCUGCCGCCGCCCCGGCCGGUCCCCUACCUUCCGUGUGGGCGCCACCGGGAUGAGGGGCCGCCGGGGACUGGGCCAGCCGCGGGCCGGCCUCUGCCUGCUCUUGGCCUUGCUGCAGCUUCCGACUCGGACACAGGCCGACCCUGUGGAUGUGCUGAAGGUGCUGGGUGUGCGGGGGGGCAAGGCUGGGGUCCCUGAGGUGCCUGGCUUCUGCCCCCAGAGGGCUCCAGAGGGUGACCGGGCAUUCAGAGUGGGCAAGGCCAGCACACUAGGUGCCCCCACGUGGGAACUCUUUCCAGAUGGACACUUUCCUGAGAACUUCUCUGUGCUGAUCACUCUUCGGGCCCAACCAGCCAACCACUCUAUCCUUCUGUCCGUUUAUGAUGAGGGUGGUGCCCGGCAGUUGGGCCUGGCGCUGGGGCCAGCUCUGGACCUCCUAGGUGGGCCCUUUAGACCCCUCCCCCAUCAGGUCAACCUCACGGAUGGCAGAUGGCACCGUGUGGCAGUCAGUGUGGACGGCAGCGUGGUGACUCUGGUGGCUGACUGUGACCCUCAGCCCCCUGUGUUGGGCCAGGGGCCUCGAUUCGUCAGCACAGGUGGACUCAUUGUGCUGGACCAGGAUCUCGGGGAGGAGAGUUUCGAGGGAGACAUUCAGGAGCUGCUGAUAAGCCCAGACCCUCAGGCUGCCUUCCAGGCCUGUGAACAGUACCUUCCUGGCUGUGACCACCUGGACCCGACAGCCACCGGGGUCCCCCAGGGUGAGCCAGACACCCCUCCCCCUCAACGGAAGAGGAAGGGAAAGGGGAAGAAAAAAGGGCGUGGUCGUAAGGGGAAGGGCAGGAAGAAGAAGAACAAGGAGACCUUGACCCUGGCUCCAUCUCUUGGCUCCCUGGAGAACCAGACCUCCACUGACAUCCCCAAGACGGAGACAGCAGCUCCAACUCCCCCUCCAAUGCCCACACCCCUGAUCAUCACCACCACUGUGACUGUUGGUCAAAACGUCACCACCCUGGAGGAAGGGCUGGACCCUGACAGUGGAGCUGAACUGGGGACCCCAGAGACAGAGUUAGCCAGAGAAGAUGAAGAAGGAGGUGGCCCCACCAUGGGCCCAGACUUCCGGGCAGCAGAACAGUCAUCACGAGCUCAGUUCCAGGUCUUUCCUGGCGCUGGAGAGAAGGGAGAGAAAGGAGAACCUGCAGUGAUUGAAGAGGGACAGCAGUUUGAGGGACCUCCAGGAGCCCCAGGACCCCGGGGGGUGGUCGGCCCCUCAGGCCCUCCUGGACCCCCAGGAUUCCUUGGGGACCCCGGUCCACCGGGCCCUGCUGGCCUCCCAGGCAUCCCUGGCAUCGACGGAGUCCGGGGCCUGCCGGGCACUGUGAUCAUGAUGCCGUUCCAGUAUGCAAGCGGCUCCCUCAAAGGACCCCCAGUCUCCUUCCAGCAGGCACAGGCUCAGGCAAUACUGCAACAGGCUCAGCUCUCUAUGAAAGGCCCCCCUGGCCCGGUAGGGCUCACUGGGCGCCCAGGCCCCGUGGGUCUCCCUGGGUAUCCCGGCCUGAAAGGAGAGAUGGGAGAAAUGGGGCCACAGGGUCCCCGAGGCCUUCAGGGACCUGUUGGGCCUCCUGGCCGACAGGGCAAGAUGGGACGCUCUGGAGCAGAUGGGGCUCGGGGCCUCCCAGGAGACACAGGGCCGAAGGGCGACAGGGGCUUUGACGGCCUUCCAGGGCUGCCUGGCGAAAAGGGCCAACAGGGUGACUUUGGCCAUACAGGGCAACCUGGUCCUCCGGGAGAAGAUGGUGAGAAGGGAGCAGAGGGACCUCCAGGGCCCACUGGCCAGGCGGGAGAGCCGGGUCCCCGAGGACUGAUCGGCCCUAGAGGCUCCCCUGGCCCCCUGGGAACCCCGGGUGCAGUCGGCAUCGAUGGUGCUCCAGGUGCCAAAGGGAACGUGGGUCCUCCAGGAGAACCAGGCCCCCCAGGACAGCAGGGAAAUCCUGGGUCCCAGGGAAUCCCUGGCCCCCAGGGACCCAUUGGCAUUCCUGGGGAGAAGGGUCUCCCUGGACACCCAGGAAUUCCAGGCCUCACAGGAUCUGAUGGCCCUCCAGGUCAUCCAGGCCACGAGGGCCCCACAGGAGAGAAAGGUGCCCAGGGUCCACCAGGGUCGGCAGGCCCUCGGGGAUAUCCUGGACCUCGGGGUGUGAAGGGUACCUCUGGCAACCGGGGCCUUCAGGGGGAGAAAGGCGAGAAGGGAGAGGAUGGCUUCCCAGGCUUCAAGGGUGAUGGGGGGCUUAAAGGCGAUUGGGGACCCCCUGGACCCCCAGGUCCCCGGGGAGAGGAUGGUCCUGAAGGGCUUAAAGGGCAGGAGGGGCUGCCUGGUGAGGAGGGGCCCCCAGGCUCAGCUGGGGAGAAGGGCAAACUUGGGGUGCCCGGUCUCCCAGGUUACCCAGGACGUCCAGGCCCUAAGGGAUCUACUGGCCUUCCUGGUCCCCUGGGACCAAUAGGAGAGAAAGGAAAGCGGGGGAAGGCAGGGCAGCCUGGUCUGGAGGGAGAGCGGGGACCACAAGGCUCCCGUGGAGAAAGGGGGCAACCAGGUUCCACAGGGCAACCAGGCCCCAAGGGUGAUGUAGGCCAGGAUGGAGCCCCUGGGAUCCCUGGAGAAAAGGGCCUCCCGGGGCUACAAGGGCCCCCUGGAUUCCCUGGGCCAAAGGGGCCCCCUGGCCCCCAAGGGAAAGAUGGGCGACCUGGGCACCCUGGACAGAGAGGAGACUUGGGCUUUCAAGGUCAAACAGGCCCACCUGGUCCAGCUGGUGUUGUGGGUCCUCAGGGAAAGACAGGAGAAGCAGGACCUCUAGGUGAGCAGGGGCCCCCAGGCCCUCCUGGACCUCCUGGUGAACACGGUCUUCCGGGACUGGAGGGCAGAGAGGGGGCCAAGGGGGACCUGGGGCCGACGGGACCCUUUGGGAAGGAAGGACCACCUGGACCUAGGGGCUUCCCUGGCCCCAAAGGAGCCCCAGGGGACCCUGGACCUAUAGGUUUGAAGGGUGACAGAGGCCCCCCAGGCCCCAUCGGGGCCAAUGGCUCCCCUGGGGAGCGUGGUCCUGUGGGCCCAGCAGGAGGCAUUGGACUUCCUGGCCAAAGUGGAAGCCCAGGCCCUGUUGGCCCUGCAGGAGAGAAGGGGUCCCCGGGUGAACGUGGUCCCCCUGGUCCCACUGGCCAAGAUGGAAUCCCAGGGCCCCUGGGGCUUCCAGGGCCCCCUGGAGCUGUCGGGCCUUCUGGGGAAGAAGGGUACAAGGGGGAGGUGGGCACCCCUGGUCACAAGGGGAACAAAGGCGAUAAGGGGGAUGCGGGCCCACCUGGACCAACAGGGAUACGGGGUCCUGUGGGGCACCCAGGUUCCCCGGGAGCAGAUGGCGCUCAGGGACGCCGGGGACCCCCGGGCCUCUUUGGGCAGAAAGGAGAUGAUGGAGUGAGAGGCUUCGUGGGAGUGAUUGGCCCCCCUGGCCUUCAGGGACUGCCAGGCCCUCCUGGAGAAAAAGGGGAGGUCGGAGACGUGGGGUCCAUGGGUCCCCCUGGAGCUCCAGGUCCUCGGGGUCCCCCUGGCCCUAGUGGAUCAGAGGGCUCCCCAGGGCCACCUGGAGGAAUUGGUCAGCCAGGUGCUGUGGGAGAGAAGGGUGAGCCAGGGGAGGCUGGAGAUCCCGGACCCCCAGGAGUCCCAGGCAUCCUUGGGCCCAAGGGAGAAGUUGGUGAGAAGGGGGACUCAGGCCCAUCUGGGGCUGCAGGACCCCCAGGCAAGAAGGGCCCCCCUGGGGAGGAUGGAGCCAAAGGGAAUGUGGGCCCCACAGGGCUCCCGGGAGAUCCAGGACCCCCUGGAGACCCUGGAGUUUCGGGUCUAGAUGGUUCUCCAGGGGAGAAAGGAGACCCUGGUGACGUUGGAGGACUGGGCCCGCCUGGAGCUUCCGGGGAGCCUGGCCCCCCUGGGCCCCCUGGCAAGAGGGGUCCUCCUGGUCACAUGGGACGAGAAGGUAGAGAAGGGGAGAAAGGUGCCAAGGGGGAGCCUGGUCCUGAUGGGCCCAUAGGGAGGACAGGUCCUGUUGGGGCUCGAGGGCCCCCUGGGCGUGUUGGGCCUGAGGGUCUUCGGGGGAUCCCUGGCCCUGUGGGUGAACCAGGCCUCCUGGGACCUCCUGGACAGAUGGGUCCUCCUGGCCCCAUGGGACCCUCCGGCCUCCCAGGGCUGAAGGGAGAGGCUGGCCUCAAGGGGGAAAAGGGCCACAUUGGACUAAUUGGCCUCAUCGGCCCCCCUGGAGAGGCUGGUGAGAAAGGGGACCAGGGGCUGCCAGGCGUGCAGGGCCCUCCUGGCCCCAAGGGAGAGCCCGGUCCCCCUGGUCCCAUUGGCCCUUCAGGCCACCCUGGGCCCCCAGGUGUGGCGGGCCCUCUGGGACAGAAGGGCUCACAGGGGGUGCCGGGAUCCCUCGGCCCCCGUGGAGACCCUGGCCCCCCAGGCCCCCCAGGCCCCCCGGGUCCCCCUGCGGAGCUGCAUGGGCUGCGCCGGCGCCGGCGCUCCGUCCCGGGCAGAGGAGUGUUGGAGGCCCCGGAGGGCGGCCUGGAGGAGGUACUGGCUUCUCUCCUGUCGCUGAGCUUGGAGCUGGAGCAGAUGCGGCGCCCUCCCGGCACCGCGGAGCGCCCGGGUCUGGUGUGCGGCGAACUACACCGCAACCACCCGCACCUGCCAGAUGGGGAAUACUGGAUUGACCCCAACCAGGGCUGCGCGCGAGACGCGCUCAGGGUUUUCUGCAACUUCACGGCAGGAGGAGAGACCUGCCUCUACCCCGACAAAAAGUUUGAGACCGUGAAACUGGCUUCCUGGUCCAGGGAAAAGCCGGGAAGCUGGUAUAGCACAUUCCGUCGAGGGAAGAAGUUCUCCUACGUGGAUGCUGAUGGGUCCCCGGUGAACGUGGUACAGUUGACCUUUCUGAAGUUGCUGAGCGCCACAGCCCGCCAGAGCUUUACCUACUCCUGCCAGAAUGCCGCUGCCUGGCUGGAUGAAGCUGCUGGCGACCAUGGCCACUCCCUUCGCUUCCUUGGGACCAAUGGAGAGGAACUGUCCUUCAACCAGACAGCAGCAGCCACCAUCACUGUCCCCUAUGAUGGCUGCCGGCUCCGGAAGGGACAGGCGAAGACCCUCUUGGAGUUCAGCUCUUCCCAAGCGGGGUUUCUGCCCCUGUGGGACCUGGCGGCCACUGACUUUGGCCAGACGAACCAGAAGUUUGGGUUUGAACUGGGCCCUGUCUGCUUUAGCAGCUGAGAAGUCUUGAGGGUGGGCGGGACCAUGAGGAAGCCCCAGAUGGGGCACAUUUGGUGCUGAGGCUUUGAAGCCACCCUAUUUAUCAUCUCCUGUGACUGAGGAGCCAGGGGAAAGUCUGCUCAGCAUGGUCCAACAAUGCUCCUUCUCCAUCCCAGGGGACUGUGGCGGGACUCCAUGGACCCAAGAGUCCAGCCUCCCUGCUGGAACCGCACCCCUGCUGGAACGAAUGUAGUCUGCCUCUUUCUCCCCUCCACGCCCAUUCAAUCUGCACCUGCCCACCCCCGAUCGCCCAGGCAAUGAACUCAUUCACAGCUGAUGGCUGCUCCCCAUGCCUGCCUUCCCUUCCUCAGUCAGUGCCCCCAACAGCCUUUGGUGCUACCCUUCCCAAUAGUUAAGCACUGGACGUCUCCUGAUCCCAGGCUGAGACCCUUCACUCCUUCCUGUUUUCAGGUGGGUUCAGAGUGAAGGAACUGAAGUCGGACUACAGAGGGAAGUGAGACUUCCCUGGACUGAGCUGUGUGUUCCUUUGGCUACUUUAGCCCAGCUCUGAAUACUGGCCCCCUCAUAUCUGCCCUAGUGUACCUUACCAUGCCAGAUGGUUUGGAGGCCAAGAUAUGGGGUAAAUCAGGAUCCUAAUGGUGCUGCCCUAUUUAUAUCUGGGUCUGUAUUAAAAGGGAAAAUCCCCCCUGUUGUAUAUUUAAUCUGCUUCCUCCUUACAGAAGGCUGGGACAUGAUGAAAGAGAUUCUAGCUUGACCCCCUACCCACCCCAGGGCAUAAUGGGCAUCUCGAGUCUGAGAAUAAACCAGUGAACUGUG